CUGGGCAUGGUCAACGCCGAGGACGUCAACGCCAUCAUCCUCGCCCAGAAAAACAUGUUGGAUCGAUUUGAGAAAACCAACGAGAUGCUCCUCAAUUUUAACAACCUCUCCAGCGUCCGCAUGCAGCAGAUGAACGAGCGGUUCCUCCACCACACCAAGACGCUGGUGGAGAUGAAGAAGGAUCUGGACAGCAUCUUCCGCAGGAUCCGGACGCUGAAAGGGAAGCUGGCCAAGCAGUACCCAGAGGCUUUCAGCAACAUCCACGAAUCUCCCAUCCUAGAAGAUGACGACGACUUCGACCCCGUCCCGAAAAGCACGACGACGACCAUCGCUACCUCUGAGCAGAGCACGGAGUCCUGCGACACCAGCCCUGACAUCAUCUCCCCCACCACAAGUCAGGAUUUUGAGGAUUUAUCCCAAGGCCAGUACGAUUUACCGGCCAUGAACGGACAGAGUCUCACAGAUGAAGACACGGCCAACGACCUGGACUAG